CGAAUAUUGACCGAAGCUCGCGCAGACGAGCGAGUGAGCGGCGUCAUCCAUUCCGCUUACGAGUAGCGUUCACGAAAGUCGGUGUGUCUGUGUUGUAGCCUGCCAUUGUUGUCGUUUUUUUUUCCUCACUGUUUCAGCAGUGUCUGUUCUUGGUUCCUGAAAACGGAUGUCUAUCCUAUGUGACCCAGCGUGAAACGCUGCGGGAAAGAUCGUCGACCCUUGUGCAUCCCGACGGUUUGUUUUGGUGCGGCAUGAGUUGAUAUCGAAGUGUGCGACUUGUGCUAUUUGACGUCUUGUGUGGAUUAAGCUUGUUUACUCGCUAAUGGCUCAAGGCGUGUAUAUGGAUACGCAGACGACUACGUGGUGCAACUACGCUACACGACGUGGAUCUGAUGGAUACCAAUACUAGGACGGGCCGCAGUGCUCCGACGUAGCCCGCGAUGCCCCUGGAGUCACCGUCUUGGUCCGAACAGUACGACCAGGACGCUGCGUCGGAUGACGAGGACUCGGACGUGGGUUGGGAAGCUUUCUGCGACGACGACUCCGGAGGAGAGUGCCUGGUGUCGCCUCGGCCCCCGCAGUUCCGCGUUCCGCCCCCGCCACUGCCACCGUCGUUGUGCGCGGGAAGCGGGGGCGUCGUGCCCGAUGACUUGCAGUUCUGCGAGGUCCGACCUGUUGGGGCCGAGUUCACGACGUCCGCUGCAUUCCCCUCGCUACCCAUCAUAGCGGUCUGUUCUUCCGUCGUUCUUGUUGCUGUCUUCGUCGCCUCGUUCUUACUCUGGAAACACAAGAAAAAGGUUCAGAACUUCCUGCCCUGCAAGAGCCAGCACCAGGGUCCGUGUGACCUUCGCUCUGCCAAUGGUGCCAGCUACAACGAUGUCCUUCUAAAUCACCACCCCACCCGACUGCCCAGCCACGUACCGCACGGACCUGAUACGCAUACCCUCACACCGAUAGAGCUGCUGGACGUUAAAUACGGCAGCUAUGGAGCUCCUCACCUGGCCACGCUAUCACAGAGCAAUUACACCUUCCGACCAUCCUUGCAUCAAGAACUCCAUCACCGUACACUGCAACACCAACGUCCCACCCUCCAGCAACACCACCUGCAACCAAGACAUGCGACCACGAGCCACCGGACCGGACACGGCCGGGACAAAGGGGCAAGAAGGAGACAAAGCAACAAGAACAAAGAGCAGUUUAACCCCAUUUACGAGGAAGUCUCCGGGCACUCGGACGAGAAACCCAGGGGUUACUAUUCCGAAGACAGCGAUGUGGAGGAAGACGCUAGGAGCAUAGGUAGCGAGGACGAAUUCGCAGAGGACGAGUUAAGUCUAGGGGAAUAUCCACGGCCACCUGCUUCGGGAAGCAGUAGUCUUCAAGGAUCCACUGGUGGAGACCUUUGUCCUCCUGAUGCUGCUCCUGUCGACAGUGGGAGCCACAACACUGGUAGUCGACGCGGCAGGCGGCAACCGCCUACGUUGAACCGACUAACUGGCGGGACCGGCAAACACUCCCAUUCGUUAGAACGCAAUAAGAACACCUUAGAAGCUGGACUGCAGGCCAAGCAGAACUACUAUUUAAGCAAGUCCGCUUUAGCCUUCGACCAGCAAGGUGUCGGCGGAGGAAGAGACUCGGGGCUGCCGUACAGUUCGGUUGACUUAGACCUGACGCAUCAGCAUGGACCGUCCGUGUCGCCCCCAGAACCGGCACCGCCCCAGGGCGACUUUGGUGUUCCGGGCGGCCUUCCUACAGUGUUUAACCCUGGCUUUGUGAUUCCCAACGGACCGCCACGACCACCUCCACCGCCAGCUGUGGGAAGCAGGGCUCCACCUCCACCUCCCGCUCUGUUCAUGGGGCCGGACUGCCAAUACCCGCCACAGGGUGGAGGGUUUUCGACAUUCCUACAGUCAGCACCCGAGCAACAGCAAGCUGCCUCGACAGAGAACAUAUAUGCAUCCAUAGAUGAAGAGGACUGCUCCAAUGUACCGUUUACUAUUGACGGCCGGAGAGAAAGUACGGGCGGCGGACGAAAGCAUUCUGGCGCAUCGCUCGCCGGUCGCGGAGGUACGAAAGGUUCCUCAGGCCAACGGACAAUGCCUCGUGAAUCCGCGGGUACUGAACAGCCGCCGCCGUACGGCGACAUCAGGCCUGUAUUUGUGGACCCCAACCGAACUCUCUGCACGUGACGCGAGCUGGGAAAGUCCAAACUGCAGUUCCAACACGUAGUUCAGUCCUAGAUCAGUGGGUUUAAAGUAUCGGUACAGGAGCCUGACUGAGUAGUUGUUUUAAAGUUGCCCCUUUGGCUACUUGGUCCAGAACAACCGUAAUAUAUCUUUGAGGGUUGACGUCCAUCUUCGCAUCAAAGCCCAGUACCUUUUGUGUACGAAACAUUUUCCCUCGACUCUGCGGCUCCCGCAAACCCCACGUCCGCUGGUUUACAGCGCCUGUGGUUUCGUCGGGAACUGCGACAGGUUUAUAAUGUAAAUUUGAGCUGCCAUUAGAUGCACGUCGACGGAUAACGCGAAAAGGGACUCCAUCACGCUCGUACUAGUCUUUCUUGUUCCUUUGCGUUGGUCCUGGAACUCGGACACGGGCCACAUCUGGUCCGGGAAGUGGGACGCCACCCUGUACGGUUCCGAGCAGUAUGGCACCAGGCCGAGUCAUCAAUGUGUGUGUGCGUGUGACGAUGAUGCCAUAGGAAGUUUGGCUAUCACACUUUUCGAUCGUCUGGCUCCCGGAGGAAAAUAUUUAUAACGUGUGAGAAGCUCAAGACAUCCAUGUGUACCCUCUGACAACGGUGUGCGUGUGUGUGUUUCCGAAAGACUGGUGGAAAGUUGACUGACAGACUGGACAGUUUUUUUUAUUCACUAUUAAUACUAUUUAAGAUGAUUGAAAAGAGCUAUGCAGUCAGUGCGAGCAAGAUGACACGAUGGCGGCACGUUUUCGUUCGCACGAUACAUAGUAGUGGUGCCACAUAUACUAGAUUGGAGCUGAUCGCUCGAAGUCGCGUCGAUGUAUUACAAAUGAACCAUCCUGGCAAUAUCAAAGGGCUCAAUGCGCGUUGUCCUUGCGUACAUCUUCAAACAAAGCAAACAAAAAAUAGCUGGUCUAUACUACGGCAGAACGUCCGCAAUAAGCGCGUUCUGCUGGGAAAACUCUUUUCGAAUAACUCUUUCCUGGAUGCAAGUCUUCGCUGUCGUUGCAUAGUUUUCCUUUUUCGUCGACAAUGGGCGAUUCUAAAAAGAUGCGCGCGCCACCUAGCGCGCGGCGCGAAGUAGCAUGGGAACUUUGAGUGACACUGCUCUGUCGUCUGCUUCGGUUAUCGUUUACCCGGGCUAACAAGGCUGCUGCGCAAAACUGGGAUGAUAAUGUUCAUCCUCUACCUCCGCCCGCCUCGUAAUGCUUCAAGGAGCUCUAAAUUCCCAGGAGCUCUUACGUGCCACAGGUGGCGCGGUCUAUAGACCUUUUUGCAAAAGCAAGCGCCACCCUGUGACACGCAAAGGCUCAUGGGAACUUAGAACGCCUCAGAGCAUUACGAGACGACCAGAAGCGGAGGUAAAAGAAGAACAGCAACAACUUUCCCGGAGUGCGCUGCAGCAGCGUCAGCCGAGGUAAACCCUAACCGAAGCAGACGACAGAGCAGUGUCCCUCAAAGUUCCUACGCCGCUUGGUGGCGCGCGCGUCUUUGUAAAAUCGUCUGUUCGUACACCACUCAAGAUUUUCGAGACACGAAACGAGGUUUACCUUUUCCAUACUAAAUAUAGUCGCCGCUGUGAUACCUAUGUAGAUAACGAUGUUUCUAUGAAUAAUAUUAACGGUGUCUCCGUGGCUCCCCCUACAUCUUUCUUGAGGCGCGUUCGCGGUAAUGGCGCGUGUAUGAGCGUCAAAAGCAUGGCGUCUACAGCGUCGUUACUUCACGUUCAACCGUGACUAAACACAGUUCCGUUCAGUUUCUGAGUUUUUACCGUCAAGUUUGAGCUUCGAAGAAGGCGACCCGACAGCCCAGCACAGCAGGACGCAAAUGCUCAGACUGAGGACCGAUUACUUUAGGUUUCGCUUGCUUGCCGGCUUUCUGGUAUACGACGACGUGUGUGGGUGUGUGUGCAACAGUUCUGUCAAUCACUGAAGAUUUGUUAAAAGUUACACGGAACAUUUUAUUGUAUAACAUACGAGGAACCUGGUCCUUUUCUCACCCUGCCCUUUUGAUGGAGUGAUAGGUCUAAUUGAUUGCCCUGUCGAAGCUCGUGAGCGGUUGUUGGUGAAAGUGUUUUUUCUAUGAAGUAUCGCUAAGCAAUAAAAGCGUGUACUAGUCUGUGCUGCACGCGGUAAACCACAACGAAUGUGUGUGAGAGGGAGAACCGUAGCUCUUCCCAAAUAUGUUAGCCGUGUGUGUGUGACGUGUAUUCUUUCUUCUCGACCGCUGUCGUCAGGUUAACGAAAGAGCCUUGCCACUAUGUGUUCAAGUGGUGCAAAAUGGUGGGGAAAUUACUUAUAAUAUGUAUUUUCUUAGCACAACAUCUUGGCCCAAUAUUGGCAAUACUGGCCCAAUCUUGGUUCAAUAUUGGGCCGACAUUGCCAAUAUUUCUCCAAUAUUGGGUCAAGAUGUUGUGCUGCUUGGGAAGCGACUCGCACUCGAAGGGGAAACAGCGACUUCAUUUUCUUCUUUCUCCGUUCCUGUCCUACGUUUUUCCGACUUAGAAGCGGCACUGUUAGUACUAAAAAUAUCCCGUACUAAACUAUCGUUAAUUCAACUCAAAAGCUCGCUCACCGUUCUUUACGACUGCUGACGCUGUUUGAGCAAGCAGUAAAAAAAAAGAAAAGUCGUGCGAAUCUCUGAAACGCACAGCAUACAACUUUUUUUUUUACGGUUAACGUUCCGUAAUAGGUCCUGUACAGAACGUUUCUAUAGUGUCGUCGUGUAUACCCUAGGUCCUUCGUUGUUUGCGAACUUCGCGGAAGCUCUGGUAAGUGUGCCAGUGUAAAUAUACAUCAUUCUCAGCUCACCUCUGAACGCGCAGGGUACGUAAGAUCGUUAUCGACCGUCUCGUUGCUCCACAACGCUACAAAGAUCGUAACAUACUGCAACUUACCUGCCUGAUGACUAAACUGUUAUUUUUCUGUCGGCGGCGGCGUUAAUCUAGUCAUCAUACUCGUUAUCACUCCCAAGCGCCGAUUAUCGAAAUAAAGUAACGCUUCAGCAAUUCUAGAGCCCUUAGCCCUGUGUGGGUUUCCCCUUGGAUCAAUUUAUUAUCACCAACCCGAUUCACAAAGUGUUUGCAAAUUCGCCGUCGGGAAUGGGCAAAUUGAAUUAUGCGCCCGUUUGACUGGCCUCAGUGAGCACGCUGAUGGGGUGUCCUCAGGGCAGGAUAAGGAAAGGACGCAGGUUCUUCAGUAGGGUGCCAUGCGAAUGCGACAGCGAGCGACUUUGACUCGGCCCCAAGCGAAGCAUUGAGUCACUCAUUUUCUAUAUUUGGUUUUACUUUGUAAAUAUUCAUACAUAUAAAAGCUUGUGGUCACCCGGA